AUGAAGGCUCCGUGGACCAUUUUAACGCUUUCAGCCACUGGAAUAUGCGCGGGGAUCGCUCUGAUUCUCAGUGUCAUCAAUAUGAACGACCCUGCGGCUAUUCCCGCUCCAUUCCCCCUGGACAUUACAGUGCCAGAUUCGGACAAAGUUUCGGUCUCUAUCGUGGAAUACGACGGUAUUGAGCAUAAGAUACUCUCUGCAAACACAGAGGAAAUGAUAGCAGAGCUCAGAAACGGGGAAAUGACUGUCUGGAAUGAUGAGAAGAAUAGAGGAGCAAGCACCAUUCACAUCUUCUCCAAGUGUGGAGAAACGCGCUUAAUGGAGGUAUUUGCGGGACCAAGAAGUAGUCCGUCCAUCAUAUACCUCGAAUACAGCGGUGGUCAGUGGACACAAAUCAAUGUGAGCACUUACAACGAGAGGUGGAAUGACCUCUUUAAUGAUGAUCCCUGCACCAUCAACAAAGGUGCUAUAGUCACACUUGACCUUGCCUCUGUACUCCAAGACAAUUUUAUUACCCACAACGGUGCUUCAGAUGGCCUAUCGUACCGCCUAUACAUCCCAAAGGAAGGUUUUGCAUGCACCAAAAUCACGGAUGGGAAAGAGGAGAUUUGGAGCGCAGAUUGUGCAUACAACAAUGUAGAUUACGAUUAUGCCUAUUAUAAUGGAAACAAUGCAGUUUGUUACACGGAUGAGAGCUCAAAAGGGAGUCAAGAGAACAGAAUCCUCCCGUCAAUGGCUGGUGUUUACCUCAAAGAAGGUCUGCCAGCUCUGCUCUACUUGUACCUCAAAGGGGUAAAUGCACGUGAUAGUAGACAAAGACUCGAAUGCUACGCGAAACAAGACGGGGACUGGACAAGGAUCCGACCCAUGGAUUUCGACCAAAAAGUUUAUGCUCUCCAGGAUGUCCAUCACACUUCAAGACACAGGGAGCUUAUCAUGGAUAUUUCAAGGCUCUCCUCAUACACACCAUCGAGGGACGGUGUUGAAAUUCUGCACAAUUCAGAGGAAGAUCCAUUCCUGACCGUCAUCUCCCUUCCAAAUGUAAAAGUUGUGGAGAUCGCCGAGGACACCCAGACGAUAUGGACGGCGGAAGACGGAGAAUCGUGCGAUUUAGCGUCGCUAUUCUUCAAGGGCAAAAGGCCAAUUCUAGCGGAACUCGUCGUUAACAAGCCCGGCUCAGAUGGGAUGGAUGGAGUGAACGAGACAAAGAUUCUCCACUUUGAAAAGCGACUCUUUGGAUGGUAUAGAAUGACGGAGAAGCUCUACAAGUUUAAACUCGAAGGGUUUAUGUCCCCCAAAAAGGGUGGAUUCAUCCCGCACUCGUUAUUCAUUAUACCAGUAAUGAUUGCCUUGGGCAUGUCACUUUAA